GGAGAGGCUGCCUCACCCCGUGCGUUUGCACUUCCUCGCCGGGUGUAUGUGCCAAUUUCUUUUUCUCAGUAUCCCCCCGUCCAAAACCCCUCUCCUUCUUCACCCCAAAGCAAUGGCUCUUUUCAUCAUUGCGGCCAUCCUGCUUAUUCUCUAUCUCACCACCCUCGUCAUUUAUAAUCUCUUUCUCCAUCCUCUCGCCCGCUACCCCGGCCCUACCCUCUGGCGUGCAUUUCGUUUCCCCUUUAUUCUCACUAAUAUCAGCGGCCAACUUCCUCAUCGUAUACAUGACUUCCACACCCAGUAUGGUGACAUUGUCCGUGUUGCACCUGAUGAACUCUCGUUCAUAGACGCGCGCGCCUGGCGGGACAUCUACACCUCAGACCGUGAAUUUGUCCGCCCGCAUCAAUACAAAGACCAACCUCCCGGCAAGACAGCACCGAAUCUAAUUGCCUGCUCGGAGACUGAUCAUGCCCGCCUUCGCAAGAACCUGGCACCAGGAUUUUCAGAGAAAUUCGCUGCCUGUCAGGAACCAAUACUUCAGAAGUACAUCGAUACACUUUUUGCUAAGCUGGACGCAAAGAUUACGAGCAGUGGAGGUGACAGUGCCACACAAAGUGCUGAUUUAGACCUUGUAGAAUGGAUCAAUUACCUCGCCUUCGACGUGAUAGGUGAUCUCACCUGGGGUAGCUCAUUUGGGUGCCUAGAGGGUCUGCGGUACCAUCCCUGGGUGCAAACAGUUAGCCAGUUCAAAGCUGCCAUCGUUGUUGGCUCGAUGAAAUUCUAUCCUCUGCUUUAUCGUUUCAUGAUGGCCAUCACCCCAGCGGAUGCCCUGAAGCCAGUUAUGGAGAUGUGGAAGGUCACAGAUGAAAAGGUGGCGGAGCGGGUAGCCACCACUACUCCUAGUACUACCACGCGACCAGACUUCGUGGGAAUAAUGAUGGCAUCGGGCGCCAUGACGCAGGAGGAGAUGGAAGUGAACUCCAUGCUGAUCAUCGCAGCGGGGAGUGAGUCAAUCACGACCAUCAUCACUGGUGUCAUCAAUUAUCUUCUGCGGGACCAGAGGACCAUCCGUGAAUUGGUAGACGUGCUCCAUGACACCUUCCCUACGGAAAAGGAUAUUACAGCCACCCGGCUGAAAUCUCUCCCAUAUCUCGACGCAGUUUUGAUGGAGGGCAUGCGCCUAUGCCCAACUAUUCCAGAUGCCAUGCGACGACAGGUCCCGCGGGGUGGAGCCAGGGUGGCCGGGCAAUUUGUACCAGAAGGGAUGAUUGUCUCAAUCCCUCCAUUUGCUAGUUACCGCGCACCCCGCAAUUUCACAGGGCCGGGUGAGUUUGCCCCGAAACGGUGGCUGGGAGAAGAUCUGAGCAAGCAGAAAGAAGCUUUUAAUCCAUUUUCACUGGGGUCGCAUAAUUGCCCUGGCCAGAAUUUGGCUUGGAUGGAGCUACGGCUUAUUCUGGCACGGUUGUUGUGGAGGUAUGAUUUAGCUGGGGUGGAUGUGCCGGCCUGGGAGAAGCAAGGGAUUUGGUGGUUUUGGGACAAGAAACCUCUUAUCGUGAGGAUUAGAAGGGCUCAAUAGGGGUGUUGAUGUGAUGGAUAAGACUGCCACUCGUGGAUCCACCCCCGGGGAUAAGAUCACUGGCUACGAUUCGAUCAUACCAGAUCCGCUUGUUAUCCGCUACGUCGCCGAGUUCAUGCUGCAAACACGUUUUAUCAUGCAACUCAAUCAGGCCCGGAUAUACCUCACCAAAGCCAGGAACACGUAGCCUCGGGACCGUGGAGAUAGAUGCUGAAGAUGCUAGAGAGAAGAAAAUAAAUUUCUCCCUAAAAGUCAGCAGGGAAGGACACACAUCAUGGAAAAAACAAAUACAUUAGAAGCAGAAGCAUGGACAAAUAAUAGAGAGAGAGUAGUAAGUCACAAAUACCUGGCUAGACAGGUGACUGGAUGAAUGCGAUACUCAUAUGC